GUAGCUUAACUUCUCAAACACACCCUCUAAAGCUAGAAAAAAUCACUAUGAAGUUGGUUCUGGUGACAAUUCUGGCACUGUCUGUGGUGCCAUUGUUGUUGGCUGGGACACUGGACAUUCAUCAACUGAGAAUGUUAGCAGCAAAAAACAAUGUUACAUGUAUCUUUGUUUUUGGAGAUUCAAGUGUUGAUCCUGGCAACAAUAACCGGCUUCGGACAACUUUCAAAGGGAAUUUUCCUCCUUAUGGUAAGGACUUCCCUAAUGGUCUCCCUACUGGGAGGUUCAGUGAUGGAAGACUUGCCACAGACUUCAUAGCUGAGGCUGCUGGGUUCACAAAGGCAAUUCCAGCCUUUCUAGACCCAAAAUUGAAGCGAGAGGAUUUGUUACAUGGAAUUAGCUUUGCUUCUGCUGCUUCUGGCUAUGAUGACCUUACAGCCAAUCUCUCUAGUGUGCUGCCUGUUUCAAAGCAAUUGGAGUACUUUAAACACUACAAGAUUCACCUGAGACAAUUAGUGGGUGUGAAGAGAGCAGAGGAGAUAGUAACAACAGCAAUAUUCAUAUUGAGUAUGGGCACUAAUGAUUUCCUUCAAAACUACUACUUGGAAACAAUUCGUGCAAAGCAAUACAAUGUGGAAGAAUACCAGAACUACUUGGUCUCUCGCAUGUAUGAAGACAUUAAGGAAAUGCAUAGACUUGGAGCCAGAAGAUUAGUGGUUGUAGGGGUACCUCCUCUAGGGUGCCUUCCAUUAAUGAAGACACUAAUGGACCAGACAACAUGUGUGGAAAGUUACAACAAAGUGGCCUUCUCCUUCAACUCCAAGAUACAAGAGAAAUUGCACAUUGUCAGAAGGGUGUUAGGGAUCAGAAAUGGCUAUUUAGAUAUUUAUACCAUGAUAGCAGAUGCAGUCAACAACCCUAAAAAAUAUGGUUUUACAGAGACAACAAAGGGGUGCUGUGGAUCAGGAAUAUUAGAGUAUGGUCUUUCAUGCAAAGGCAUGACUACAUGUGCUGAUCCAUCCAAAUAUGUUUUCUGGGAUGCAGUUCAUCCCACACAAAGAAUGUAUCAAAUUAUUGCUGAUGAGGGUUUACAAGCCCUUAACCGAUACGUCUUCUCUUGACAAAGUAUGUCAUGGUUGAUUAAUUAAAAUAAUGAAAUUUGUGGAUUACUUAUUA